AUGUCACACACCCUUCUGACCGUCGACGUGCCCACUCCCUACCAUCACUCCAAAUCACCCCCGCGGUGGCGAACGCCGGAGUUCUUCGUCUACUACGUCUUCUUCGUGGUCGUCGUGCCAUGGAUGGCCUGGGUGCCCGUGUCUCUCAGCUCCACGUCACACAGGAAUUACAACCUUUAUCGACACAGGCUCGCGCCUGGGUGGCUAUUCGGUCGUGAAGUGGACAACAGCGACCUGCAAUACCGCUCAUUUCGCAGCAACAUCCCAGCGCUCGCGCUCCUCCUCUCUGUCUUCUUCCUCCUCAAAUACAUCUACACGCGCCCCAUCUUUCGCGCGGCCGCAUCGCCUCCCAACAACAUGCACCGCGUCCCCUUCUACACCGCAUUUUCAAUCAUCAUGCUCUUCGCGCUGCACGGCACGAGUGCGCUCAAGGUCCUCCUCAUUCUCACCGCGAACUACGCGCUCGCGCGCGCAUGCAAGGGGCACAAAGGGGCCAUCGCCAUCACCUGGCUCUUCAACGGCGCCGUCCUAUUCCUGAACGACAGACACUCGGGGUACACAUUCGCCAGCGCGCACCCGGCGCUGGAAUUUCUGGAUAGCUGGCAAGGCGUGUAUCCGCGCUGGCACGUCAGCUUCAACAUCACGAUGCUCCGCCUCGUCUCGUUCAGCGUGGACUACCACUGGGCGUGCACUCGCACCGGCGCGCCAGACACGGCGAACUUCGAGAUGUCCGAGAAGCAGCGCGCGGCGACCUUUCACCCGCUCGAGACCUACUCGUACGCGAACUACCUCGCGUACGCGCUCUACGCGCCGCUGUACAUCGCGGGCCCGAUCAUGACGUUCAACGACUUCAUGUGGCAGUUGGCCCGCCCGACCGCGAUCUCGACGCGCAAAAACGUGCGCUACGCCGUGCGCUUUUUGGUGACGCUCCUCACGAUGGAGCUGGUCCUGCACUUCAUGUACGUCGUGGCCAUCAAGGACGCGCGCGCCUGGGGCGGGGACAGCGUCGCCGAGCUCAGCAUGAUCGGAUUUUGGAACCUGAUGGUCGUGUGGCUCAAGUUGUUGCUGCCGUGGCGGUUCUUCCGCCUGUGGGCUCUCCUCGACGGCGUCGAUCCGCCAGAAAACAUGGUCAGGUGCAUGGCGAACAACUACUCUACCCUCGGCUUCUGGCGGAGCUGGCAUCGCUCGUAUAACCUCUGGAUCGUGCGGUACAUCUACAUCCCGCUGGGCGGGACGAAGCACGUCGCGGUGUCCAGCGUGCUCGUGUUCACGUUCGUCGCGCUCUGGCACGACCUAUCGUUCAAGCUGCUCGCGUGGGGGUGGCUCAUCUCGCUGUUCAUCCUCCCAGAGCUGCUCGCGCGGCGCCUGUUGCCCGCUUCCACGUUCGCGCCGCGGGCGUGGUACAGGCACGCGUGCGCGGCGGGGGCGGUCGUGAACGCGCUCAUGAUGGUGUCUGCGAACAUGGUCGGCUUCGUCGUCGGGACGGACGGCAUGAAGCACAUAAUCCACGAAAUCGUGGGGAGCUGGGCAGGUCUGCGAUUCCUGAUCUCCGCGUGCGUCUGCAUUUUCGUCGCCGUGCAGCUCAUGUUCGAAUAUCGCGAGGAAGAAGGGAGGAGGGGGAUUUAUCGGCGGUGCUAA